AUGGCCCUCCGAAAAUGUUUAGAACGAGCGGACACGAUACUUCCUAGACUGGCCGACGAUCGAGCCGAUCUACCUUUACUUGACGAUACAGGUUGUUAUUCAUUAGUUUUUCGCUUCGAGUGUGAUCUGUUGCACCGUUUUACUGAAGUGUUGAGCGUAAAGUGAAACUUUUUGAAAUUAAAAUGAAUGGACGAUCAAAGAGGAUAUUACAAUUAGCUCUGGUGAGAAAAAACGACUAUGAAAUUGUUGAACAAUUGCUGAAAUUCGAAGAUGGCUACUCUUAUGACCGUACAUGUCCUGUAAAAGUGAAUUUGAGGGCUCACAUAUUACUAAAACUGGAUUGCAAGGCACGGGAAAGUAGUCGGUACUGCAAGGGUUGUUACAAGAAAAAACAAGAUGGACUUAUUGAAAAAAAAUAA